AUGGCCGUCCACGUUUUCGGCAAAGCUAUCAAGCACACGCUGCCUGUUCACAUUGGCCUUGCUCAAAACCUUUUCGGCGUCGGGCGCCAAACAGCCCAGAGAAUAUGCGCUAAGGUGGGCAUCUACCCAAGAAUGAGAAUGAACCAGCUCAGUGAAACUCAGAUCAUGUCGAUUAAUAAGGAGCUCUCAGACAUGCAGGUGGAGCACCAGUUGAAGCAGAAGAUUGGUGGUGACAUCAGACUAAAGAUCAAGACAAAGUCGUACGCUGGCCAAAGACAUGCGGAGGGUUUGCCAGUUAGGGGCCAGGGAACGAGGUCUAAUGGCCAGACGGCAAAGAAGUUGAACAAGAGACGUGUAGACUGGUGA